GCUUGAGAAAUGAGAUGGACUUUCUGGCCGUAGAAUGACCUCUGUUACGGAGUUUGUGAUGGCAUAUCGAUUUCUGCUUCUCCUUCUGGUUCUUCUCUUCUGUUUUCGCUUCAGUUCUUCCGACGACUCCGACUCUGGCUCCAACUCCAACGACGGUGCAACUUUGUUGGAGAUCAAGAAGUCUUUUGGCGACGGCAAUAAUGUGUUGUAUGACUGGACGGAUUCCCCAUCUUCGGACUACUGUUUCUGGAGAGGAGUAACAUGUGACAAUGUGACCUUCAAUGUUAUUGCACUUAAUCUGUCAGGUUUGAAUCUUGAAGGAGAGAUCGCACCUGCAAUUGGAAAUCUGAAAGGCCUACUCUCUGUUGAUUUUAAGGAAAACCGUCUCUCUGGACAGAUCCCGGAUGAGAUUGGAGACUGUUCAUCUUUGAAUUACCUGGACUUGUCUACUAACAACCUCAAUGGGGACAUACCAUUUUCAAUUUCAAAGUUGAAACAGUUGGAAAGCCUGAUUUUGAAAAAUAACCAGCUGAUAGGACCCAUUCCUUCAACAUUGUCUCAGAUUCCAAGCCUAAAAAUUUUGGAUCUAGCCCAGAAUAACUUGAGUGGUGAAAUACCAAGGCUCAUUUACUGGAAUGAAGUUUUACAGUAUCUGGGAUUGCGGGGAAACAAUUUAAUAGGCACUCUCUCUCCUGAUAUGUGCCAAUUGACUGGCUUAUGGUAUUUUGAUGUAAGAAACAAUAGUCUGAGUGGGAGCAUUCCUCAGAAUAUUGGCAACUGUACGGGCUUCCAGGUCUUGGACUUGUCCUACAACCAGCUCACUGGAGAGAUUCCAUUCAAUAUAGGGUUCCUGCAAAUUGCUACAUUAUCUCUGCAAGGAAACCAGCUUUCUGGACCAAUUCCAUCUGUGAUUGGUCUCAUGCAAGCCCUUGCUGUGUUAGAUUUAAGCUGCAACCAAUUAAGUGGAACUAUUCCUCCCAUUCUUGGCAAUUUGACAUACACAGAAAAAUUGUACUUGCAGAGUAACAAGCUGACAGGAUCAAUUCCACCGGAGCUUGGAAACAUGACAAAGCUCCAUUAUCUGGAACUGAAUGCCAAUCACCUUACUGGGCAUAUCCCACCUGAGCUUGGGAAGCUCACUGAAUUGUUUGACUUGAAUGUUGCAAGCAACAAUCUUGAAGGGUCAAUUCCUGCUAAUCUUAGCUCGUGUACAAAUCUCAAUAGUCUCAAUGUACAUGGCAACAAAUUGAGUGGAACCAUCCCACUGGAACUGGAAAGGCUUGAGAUUAUGACUUACUUGAAUCUUUCCUCAAAUUAUCUCAACGGUCACAUUCCUAUUGAGCUGUCCCGAAUUGGUAAUUUGGACACACUGGACAUUUCAAAUAACAAGAUAAGUGGUUCCAUUCCUUCUUCCCUCGGUGACUUGGAGCAUCUUUUAAAACUGAACUUGAGCAAGAACUGUUUGGCUGGAUAUAUUCCAAUGGAGUUUGGAAAUUUGAGGAGUGUGAUGGAGAUAGAUCUUUCAAAUAAUCAUCUUGCCGGUCCGAUUCCACAAGAGCUUGGUCAGCUACCGUAUCUGUACUCACUGAGAGUCGAAAACAACAAUUUAUCAGGGAAUGUGCUGCCUCUGACUAACUGCUUCAGUCUCACCAUUCUAAAUGUAUCUUACAACAACCUAGUUGGUGAAAUUCCUACUGGAAAUAACUUCUCCAGGUUUAGACCUGAUAGCUUUGUAGGGAAUCCUGGUCUUUGCGGAUACUGGCUACGUUCUUCAUGUCAUACAUCACACCUGCCGGAACGAGCUACCAUCUCUAAAGCGGCAAUUCUAGGAAUAGCUUUGGGUGCUCUUGUGAUCCUUCUUAUGAUCUUAGUGGCAGCAUGUCGGCCCCAAAAUCCAACACUUUUUCUGGAAGGAUCCCCGGACAAACCAGUUAAUCAUACAUCACCAAAGUUGGUAAUCCUUCACAUGAACAUGGCUCUUCAUGUCUACGAGGACAUCAUGAGGAUGACUGAGAAUCUGAGUGAGAAAUAUAUAAUUGGAUACGGUGCAUCAAGCACAGUGUACAAAUGCGUGCUGAAGAACUGCAAGCCAGUGGCCAUCAAGAGACUGUAUUCUCACUACCCGCAAAGCCUGAAGGAAUUCGAGACUGAGCUUGGGACAGUUGGAAACAUCAAGCAUCGUAAUCUGGUGAGCCUCCAAGGUUAUUCUUUGUCCCCCAUUGGGAACCUUCUCUUCUACGACUACAUGGAGAAUGAAAGCCUCUGGGAUCAUCUGCAUGGCCCUUCGAAGAAACAGAAACUUGACUGGGAAGCUCGCCUCCGAAUAGCACUAGGAGCAGCUCAAGGACUGGCAUACCUUCACCAUGACUGUAGUCCUCGUAUAAUCCACAGGGACGUGAAAUCAUCCAACAUACUCUUGGAUAAGGAUUUAGAGGCCCAUCUCACUGACUUUGGCAUCGCAAAGAGCCUGUGCACAUCUAAGGCUCAUACCUCUACGUGUAUAAUGGGCACAAUUGGCUACAUUGAUCCUGAAUAUGCCCGCACUACCCGUCUCACUGAGAAAUCUGAUGUCUACAGUUACGGGAUUGUCCUGCUUGAGCUGGUGACUGGAAAGAAAGCUGUGGACAAUGAUUCCAACUUGCAUCAGCUGAUCAUGUCCAAAGCUGCCAGCAAUGCUGUGAUGGAGACGGUUGAUCCAGAAGUCACUGCUACAUGUAAAGAUCUAGGAGCAGUAAAGAAGGUAUUCCAGCUUGCCCUUCUCUGCACCAAGAAACAACCCUCCGAUCGGCCCACGAUGCACGAGGUGGGCCGUAUACUAGGGUGCCUCCUCGUGACACUGACACCUACACCCCCAGCCAUGGCUAAGCAAUUGAGUCAACAACUGCUGCCCCCGCCAGCAGCAGCAGCCGCAUUGACACCGGCCAAGGUGCCAAGCUAUGUGGAUGAGUAUGCAAACCUCAAGAAUCCAAGCGUGGUGAACUGUGGAUCCCUGAGCACCUCUGAUGCUCAACUCUUCCUGAGAUUUGGGCAAGUAAUAUCACAGAACAGCGACUGACUUGAAAAGAGAUGACUUCCCUCUCAGCCCAAAAUACAUACAUAAUGGAGAGAUUGUGUCUAGGUGAAAAAUUAUAGACUUGGUAAGCAGGAAGAUGGUGAUUCAUUUUGAUUGGUAAGGUACGGGAUAUCUGUAUGUAUUCAACUCCAGUUAUGCAAUUAGUUAAUGUUGGUUAUAUUGGUAG